AUGGAUUCUCCAAAGAAAAACCGUGUGCCCGUCCAGGAACCCGUGAGGUGCUUGUUUCCCCAAGAGCAAGCAUCUAUUCCCAAUGUCAACACACAACCUGUGCCAGUCCAUCCACAGGUCACCCGUUUCAGUGCCACUGAUAUCAUCAAUGUUCCCAAUACAGACGACAGCUUGAGCUCGGAUGACAGUGGGACAGACACUCUCCACAUCGCACUGGACGAUUCUUCAUCAGACGACAACCCUCGUGAUCUUUCAGCAGGCAACAACAAGCACAAGGACGAUACGCCAGAUCCUCACACUCAGCCAGUGAUAGCCAGGAUACCUCUCGUAAACCAGCCCAUGUUUGCCCACUCAAGUCCACUGAUCAGCGAGUACCCCCGUCCAGCGAUGUCAUUCUACCAUGCACCUCCACCAGCCAGUAGUUUCACCUCACUCCAUACCCAGUUGCCACCUGUGAUGUUCCCAUCUACCUUCCCAGGGUUUCUCCCAUAUCAACCUCCGGUUUUCUCAUAUCUUCAAUCCCACGCGAUGACACCGCAGCAUCCGAUUGAGACCAGCAGAGUACUAUCAACCAGUGACGCAAGCGAUGAUGAAGGCAAUGACUCUGACUCCAGAGGCUGUUCUCCUCAAAGCAGCAGGGAUCAAACCAGUCCAGCCAACAGCUUCACCUCCAGUGGGGUGUACAGCAAUCCGAGCCCCGUCCCAAGUCCUGUCCCGAGUCCUGAUCCAAGUCCUAUCCCAAGUGUUUCCGAAACUUUCGAUUUUGCCCCAUCUCCUUUCAAAACUCCCGUGACCAACAAGAGAACCCGCGCACCCGGGGGUCGUACUUGUUACGCCCCGAAUCACAUCCGUGUCAUGGAGAAAGCCUUCACAGAGAACAAAUACCCUGACUAUGAUCUCCUGGAAAAGAUGUCAGCGGAACUUGACAUACCCGUAAAGAAGAUAAAGGUGUGGUUCCAGAACAAGAGGGCACGAAACAAAUCCCGUUAUCCAGAUAUGUCUACACACAACAUGGCUGCCUCGAUGUCUGCUGUCGGUUAUGGCUAUUUACCCGGCGCCAUGCCACUUCCGUUUACCAGCGGCCCUCACAUGAUGCCUGUGUACCCAGGAUACCCGUAUCCGGGGAUGUACCCGUCGCCAAUGUGCUGA